AAGAAGCAGUUCACUUCCCUUGCAGAGCUGCGUUGCAAUUGAGGAAACAGUUGCAGCAUCUGCAGUCUAUGCUCUGACUGCAUCAGUCUAAGGCAGAAGAGGGAGCAAUCACCCUGAUCAGAUUUGAGCACAUUUUCAUUCAAAGCAAGACAGAGCCUAUUAAGGCAAGUAUUCAUCAUGGCUGAGGACCAUCUGGAAGUGGUCACUGAGUAUCUCUAUGAAGAGCAGGCCAUAAUGUGCGAGAAAACAGAUAUCCAGGCAUUUGGCAAAGUCUUUCUGCCCAUACUGUAUGCCCUUGUGUUCACCGUAGGGCUGGUUGGAAACGGCCUGGUGGUUCUGACCAUCGUGCAAGGUGGGCGUCAAAAGAGCGUCACUGACAUAUUUCUCCUGAACUUGGCCAUUUGUGAUCUCCUUUUUGUCAUUUCUCUUCCCUUUUGGGCUUCUUACAUCGUAAAAGGUUGGACACUCGGGAACAUUUCGUGUCGGAUAGUUUCCUCUUUCUACUCCGUGGGCUUGUAUGGAGGGAUGUUUUUCAUCACUGUCAUAAGCAUUGAUCGGUACUUUGCUAUCGUCCGGGCAACUUGCAUCAUGAAAGCCAGAACAAUCCGACAUGGAUCUCUCACUAGCCUUGCAGUCUGGACCUUGGCCAUUUUGUUUGCAGCUCCCCAUUUCGUGUUCAUCCGAAAUAUAGGUAGAGAAUGCACUUCUCUGUAUCCAGAACACCUUGAGGAAAUCUGGCCCAUUUUCACUUACAUAGAAUAUAAUGUCAUUGGUUUCCUUCUCCCGCUGUGCAUCAUGAGUUUCUGCUACCUGAUGAUCGUCAAAACCUUGAUGUCCUGCAAAAAUCACCGGAAAAGAAGAGCCAUGAAGCUGAUUUUAUUAGUGGUGGUUGUGUUCUUCCUGUUCUGGACUCCAUACCACAUAUCACUUUUUCUGCAGAUAUUGAGGCUCUCCGAUUUCUUUCAGAGCUGCAGCUCAAGGAGGCUUUUAGAUUACACCAUGCAAAUCACCGAAUCGCUGGCUUUCAGCCACUGCUGCCUUAAUCCCAUCAUCUAUGCUUUCGCCGGUGAAAAAUUCAGAAAGAAGCUUUCUCACUUGGCUCUCAGGUGUGUCUCGUUCUUUUUUUUCUGUGCGCCUUGCGAUAGAGCUCCUGUUCCCGUUCCAGAGGUCACCAUAACCAGCAACCAUACGCAGAACACCAGUGACCAAGAUGGCUCCAUCCUUCUGUGAUUGCUCCCUGAAGAAUAUUUUGUAUACUGAAUGCUAGUCUACAAUUUGACCUAGAUGUGAGUGAGCGAUAGGGUUGGGUCCAAAGAUCCAUCCAUGGGGAAAACGUCAUGUUGAUAUAUUGAGGACUGGAUAAGAUUGUGGAAAGUGAAUUUGAAAUUUACUGAUUGUUUAUUAUUGAAGGAGAAUUACAUGAAAAUGACGUGCAGAUGGUAUAUCACACCAGUAAAAUUGGCAAAAAUGUAUAAAACAGAACAAAAGAACUGUUGG